AUGGGCGCCAUUUUUGGUAAGAAGCAUCAUCACUCUCGUGUUACUGAGGAGGACAAGGCUUUGUUACAGUUGAAGCAGCAACGGGACCAACUCAAACAGUACAAGCAGCGAGUGAACUCUUCUAUCACCAGGGACGACGCUGCAAUUAAGCAGCUGUUAAGGCAACAAGAAAGAAAGAAGGCUCUGCUCCUACUGAAAAAGAAGAAAUACCAGGAGAAACUUCUGGUGAGGGCAGAUGAACACCUCACCACAGUGGAGGGACUCAUCCAGGACGUCGAAUUUGCGCAGGUGCAGGUCAAGGUCUUGGAUAGUCUAAAGCAGGGCAAUGAGGCCUUGAAACAGCUAAAUGAGCUCAUGAAACUGGAGGACGUGGAAAAGAUUAUGAGUGACGCCCAGGAGGCACAGGCCUACCAGGAGGCAAGUUUUCACCUUCGGGAAUUGACCAACCUGCUGGCUGGCGGUCUUUCUUCGUCCGAUGACGCUGACGUAGAGUCCGAGUUGGAGCAACUUCUGGCGACCGGUGCAGACAAGCUUCCCGAUGUGCCCGCAACG